ACACACACACACUGAGAGAUCAGCCUUUCAAACUUGCUUGUGUGUGAGAGAAGCACACAGAACCGGUGAUUAUUAGGACUGAACUGUGGUUCCUCCACAGGGCUUCAGAUGGAUAGCAGCAACGUGGGGGAAAUGCGCUAAAACAUACUUCGCCUUAACAAAAAAAACCUGCUAAAAAACAUCUGUUCUUCAAAGGAUCAGCAAAUAGCAAGAAGCAAACCCCCUCCCCGGGGCUCUGCUGAUGGAGAGUUACCAUGGUUCCCCAGACAGGUUGGGAGGAAGAGGGAAGGGUGUUACUCUAUUGUGUAAAGCAUCUGACAGUAUCUCCCCACCCCUCUCUGGUAUCUUCGAAAUGUGAAAGUGCUGACAGGAGUUAAGACAAUACUGGAGGCUUGGCUUGGAGAAUGUCCGUCUCUGUUAACAGGUUUACAAUGUCUGAAAAUAAACGUUAAUCCAUUCGGUAUAUGAGCUGUCAAAGUCUGACUGGCUUUGCUUGAGCGAGGGCCGUGAGCAGACCAUGGGUGAAAAUGAUAGUGAUAAAAACAGCCAAGCUGGACAACUCUUUGAGAACUUUGUGCAAGCCUCGACAUUCAAAGGCACGCUGCAGGCAUUCCACAUACUGUGCCGUUACCUGGACCUUGACCCUUUAGACCAUCAGAUGUUCUACUCUUUGCUGAAGUCAAAGGUCAACACAUGGAAGGCCAAGGCUCUAUGGAGCAAGCUUGACAAGCAAGCCAACCACAAGGAGUAUAAGAGGGGCAACGCCUGCCCCAACACACGGUGUUUGAUUAUUGGAGCUGGGCCUUGUGGGCUGCGAACGGGCAUCGAACUGGCUUUCCUGGGGUGCAAAGUGGUGGUGAUAGAGAAGAGAGAGACCUUUGCCAGGAACAACGUCUUGCACCUCUGGCCAUACACCAUUCAGGACCUGCGUUCCCUGGCUGCAAAGAAGUUUUAUGGCAAAUUCUGUGCAGGAGCCAUAGAUCACAUCAGUAUUCGACAGCUCCAGCUAAUCCUGGUUAAAGUGGCGUUGCUACUGGGAGUGGAGAUUCAAGUUAAUGUGGAGUUUGUGCAGUUACUCGAGCCCCCUGAGGAUCAAGAAACCCAAAGAACAGGGUGGCGAGCUGAGGUACGGCCCAGUGACCAUCCCGUCUCGGGCUUUGCCUUCGAUGUUAUUGUUGGUGCAGAUGGACGAAGGAGCAGCUUACAAGGAUUUAGAAGGAAAGAGUUCCGUGGGAAAUUGGCCAUUGCCAUCACUGCCAACUUCAUCAACCGAAACACAACAGCCGAGGCCAAAGUUGAGGAAAUUAGUGGCGUUGCUUUCAUCUUCAAUCAGAAAUUCUUCCAGGACUUGAAGGAGGAAACAGGGAUUGAUCUAGAGAAUAUUGUUUACUAUAAAGAUAACACACACUACUUUGUAAUGACGGCAAAGAAGCAGAGCUUGCUGGACAAGGGAGUGAUUGUCAACGAUUACGUGGAUACAGAAAUGCUUCUAUGUGGUGAGAAUGUGAACCAGGAAGCUCUCCUGUCCUAUGCGAGAGAGGCGGCCGACUUUGCCACUAAUUACCAGCUGCCUGCCUUGGACUUUGCAAUGAACCAUUAUGACCAACCCGAUGUGGCCAUGUUUGACUUCACCUGCAUGUACGCUUCUGAGAAUGCUGCAUUAAUCCGAGAGAGGUGUGGCCAUCAGCUGUUGGUAGCUCUCGUCGGAGACAGCCUGUUAGAGCCAUUCUGGCCAAUGGGAACUGGGUGUGCCCGUGGAUUCCUGGCGGCUCUGGACACAGCUUGGAUGGUGAAGAGGUGGGCGGAGGACAUACCAUCUCUGGAGAUCUUGGCAGAGAGAGAAAGUAUUUAUCGACUGCUACCUCAAACCACACCAGAAAACAUCAACAAGAACUUUGACCAGUACACCAUAGAUCCAGGGACAAGGUACCCCAACCUCAACUCAAACUGUGUCCAACCUCACCAGGUUCGUCAGCUGUACAUCACAACUGAUCUGAAGAACUGUCCAUUAGAAAGAAUAAAUUCCAUUCGAAAGUCUAUCAAAGUUUCACGUCGUGAGUCGGAGGUUCGUCCCAAUAGGCUUUUGACCUGGUGCCAGAAGCAAACAGAGAGCUACAAGAACGUGACAAUCACUGACCUCACCACCUCCUGGAGUAAUGGCCUGGCUCUGUGCGCGAUCAUACAUCACUUCUGCCCACAACUAAUUGACUUUGAUGCACUGAAUGAAGAAGACGCUGCCAAAAACAACCAGCUGGCCUUUGAUGUAGCGGAACGUGAAUUUGGAAUCUCUCCAGUCACCACAGGAAAGGAGAUGGCCUCAGUCAGUGAGCCUGACAAACUCAGCAUGAUCAUGUACCUCUCCAAGUUCUAUGAGUACUUCCGAGGCAACCCACGUUCAACUGCCUCGGCUAUCUUCAGACAGGAUAAGGAAAGCAGCAACAACCCGUCUGCACCUCCAACCAGGCAAUCAAAUUCAAUCUUCAAUGGUAUCAAUUUGUUGCCAAGGAAACGGACACCAAAGCAAGAAAAGAAAAGUGAAGAUGCUGAUGCCACAAGUAAGAGGAGGAAGAAGACCGACUUGCUGUCACAGGAGGUGGUGAAUCCCAAACUUGACGGGAAUGAGACAAAAGGUGCUGGGAACCAAAACAAAGUGAAGUCAAUGGCAACACAGCUAUUAGCAAAGUUUGAAGAGAAUGCACCGAGCUCCUCACUCCGGAGGCAGCUAUCAGUGCCUUCCUGUGUAAUGAAACCACCACUGCCCCCAUCUCCUAAGGGCAACACAAACCCUCGUUUUCUUAAACCCGAGGACCACGUUGGGGCUGUCCUCUGUUCACAAGAAAUAAAGUCUGAUCUGGUGGCCAAUGCUGAGCAAGUAAUCAGAGAAGCAAAAUACUUUAAGAAAGCUGAGAGUCAGGCAGGGGCUUCCAAAUGUCUGACUGUAUCUCCUCACUCUGCCUUUAUGCUUUCCGGUGUUCUCCAACGUCUUCAACGUCUAGAAGAAAAACUUGAUCAGAGGAAAGCACUGUCUCUAGCACAAGGUGAUGUCCCGUUUAGCAGGAAGAGCAUAAAGGAGAGAGGAGCUCAUCUAACUGCACUGUUUGGGGGCAGGACUCUCAGACAACAGGCGUCUCUGUCCGACACAAGCUCAUCCCAUUCUCUCUCCAACACUGCUCGCUCCACCCAUGACUCUGCUUCCUCUUCGCUGUCUGACAUGGCUCACCCACCUGAUCCUCCAACACAGAUACGCAGCGUGCAGGCGGCAGCCAUUAACUUGGAAAAGAUGUUUUUAAGCAGUAAAGACCAAUCCGGUAGCCAGAUCAAGGCUGAAACGGAGAUGACAGUGGGAAAAGUAUCAUCUGUAAUUGGAGCACUGGCAGAAAUUCUGGUCACGCUUUACCAGACUGACCAUCGGCCCAAAGCAGCGGUAACCUCGCCAGACUUGGGGUCGCUGCGAAAGGAGUUCCCUCAGACUCUCGGGGGCAGUGAUACCUGCUACUUCUGUAAAAAGCGAGUUUAUGUCAUGGAGCGAUUGAGUGCGGAUGGUAAAUUCUUCCAUCGAGAAUGCUUCAAGUGUGAUUUCUGCUCUACCACACUGCGGCUCGGAGCCUACGCUUUCAGUGUGGAGGAAGGAAAGUUUUACUGCAAACCUCACUUUACUUACUGUAAACUGAAUAACAAAACAAGGAAGAGACGGAAUCAUCCAACAAUAUCACACAGAAAGGGUGAGUCCGUGCCUUUGAGUAAGUCCGACGGUGAGGCUUUGACAAACACCGAAAACUCUUGCAGUGUUAGUUCUUCGCCCGACAAGCCUCCAGUUUGUCCACUUCAAUCUGGAUCAAUCAGCUGUAAAAGAAAUAAAUGUGAAGUUGGAGCCUUGGAUCUGAGUGAGACUCACCCCACCCUGGAGAGACAUUCACCUCAAAAAUCUCCGGAUAAUCUCCUGGCAAUCCGAGUCACGGUGACUAGUGAUGGGAGCAGUUCCGAAGCCGAGACAGAGCCCCACAGUGACCCCUCUGACCAGAUGAUCUCCCCCAGCCCAGGAGCCUUCUUACCUGGACCAGCAAACAAAGGGCCGAGCCCAAGGGACCGUGAGACAUUGGGUGAAGAGGAAUCGAAGGCCGGACAAUUCAACUCAAAUUCCAAAGCUCAGGAAGCCCUAAGACGAGCUCACAGCUUCAAUGUUCCAGCAAUCAGCAGGCAAGAUACAUGGAGGGAGAAACUCCAGACUAAGCUCCCUCUGCUACUGAGGAAGAAGAUUGAACCAGCAGCGAGAGAAAUUGCCUUGAAUAAAGUGAACUCUGUUGAGAACAGAGACCAUGUUGUUCAGGCUCCCCCUGUUUGCAGCCCGUCUCAACUGACAAGGGGGUAUUCUUUUCUGAACAGGUCAACGUGGCAACAAAAGGCUGUCAAGAUUUCAGAGCUCUCCAUCACAGUUUCUCAACCUCACCUAACCAGCAACACAGAAGCCCCACUGGCAAAGAGACAGCUCCAUCAGCUUGAGGCAUCCCACUCAACCAGGGCAGCCCACAAAUUAUCUAUUUGGUGUAACAGUGCCUCGGAGAAGGAAGGAGAGGAGAUUGUGUCAGGUUCACACAUCAGAACCAACCAGAUUGCAAAGGAUGAGGACAGACUUGUUCCAGAAACCUCCACCUCAUCAGAUCAAGGGACUGAACAGGCUUCUCAUUCAAAGCAUACUUUAACUGGCGCUGUUGGAAUUGGAGAUUCAAUUCUACAAAAGCUACCGUUGAUGAAAAGACAAUCACAGGGUUCAGUGAAGAGGUUGAUUCACUCACCCACACGGCCACCACUGUCACUAGAUUGGAACUCUUCAGUCACAGGCAAAGCAGCCAUGGAAGAGCUGCAGGAGACUAAGGAGGCCAAAGAAAUGAAGGACAGCAUUGGAGAAAACUACCUUCUAAAGUGUGACACAAGGAAAUCAAGUGAACUCAAGACUGAAUCUUCAGUUUUAACUCAACCAAGCAUUUCAACAAAGUCUGACCUGCACAGUCCACCAGUGGCUCCCAGUGUGGAAGGCGCUUCACCCAGUGGUAAUACUUCAGGAAAUGACUCUCCCAAAUCUCCACUGAGCUAUUUAGUCAAUGCAUUUAGAAGGUCUUUCCCUGAUAGCAAAACUUCAGUGUUAUCAGACAAUGUGGAACAGACUCAGGAAAAGAAACCAAAGAGAAGAUGGGCAAGGCCUUUUUCAAAUAAUUCUUUCCAUGGUUUGUCUCUCAGUAUGUUCCACAGUUUCACAGAAGGAACAUCUUUGUCUUCACAGGAUACCAAACAACCGAGUUCGAUUCUGCCACACUCUUCCCUUCCAAAUCAGCACGAGGCCAUAUCUUCAGUGCCUACCUACAGACCAGCCUCUGGAGAUUUUCACAAUACCUCACCUUUUAACAGUGCAAACGAAGAUUUCAACAAGGUCACUGAGAGCGAAAACCAGCACCUUAACGCAGUGGAAAAGGAGAAGAGUCCGGGUUUUAGGGAGAAUGUCUCAUUAAAGGGUGACAAUUCUGGUCACAUACAGCCUGAACUCAGUUCCUACAUCCAGAGGAGCAAUGCACUGUUUUCUUCACUGAGACUGGGGAGCCCGAAAACUGAAAAUAAUGAGAAGCCAGUCUUAGCAGUGGAUGGCACCAUGCUGACUAGAUCAAAGACUGAUAUUUGGAGACUUUUGGCCAAUUUCAAGAAGAGGAGCUUUAGGGACAAAGAGGUGAAGGAGUCUCUACCUAGUGCAUACACUUCUCCAAGUUCUUCCAAACUCCAGAAUGCUAAGGAACGCCCAGGCUCUGAGGAUCUGAAAAUUUCCACCUAUGUCACUGAAAGUGAAUCCGAGUCAACCAGUGAUGCACCAUCUGAGGAGAUGUUCCCAUUAAGGCGAAAGGAAGGUCAAAGCUUCAGAAGAAAGAGGAAGAUGCGGAAUUUUGCACUGCAGCAAGUGAAGCAGGAGGAAGUAAAGCGCCUCCACAGGGCACAGAUUAUUCAGCGUCAGCUGCAGGAAGUUGAAGAAAAACAGCGAGUGCUGGAAGAACGUGGUGUGCUGUUGGAGAAAGCUCUACGGGGUGAAUCAGAGCUCAACUCAAAAGAGGAACCUCAACUGAUGCAGAAAUGGUUCAAGCUGGUAAUGGAAAAGAAUGCCCUGGUUCGUUACGAAGCUGAAAUGAUGAUAUUUGCUCGCGAGCUGGAACUGGAAGAUCAGCAGAGCAGGUUACAGCAGCUGCUUCGUGAUCAGAUGGCAGUUGACGACUCCAAGAAGACAGAGAAGGAGAUCGCUGAGGAAAAGCAGGUUCUGAAUGAAAUGUUGGAUGUGAUCAAACAGAGAGACAAACUGGUCAUUCUGCUUGAAGAACAGAGACUCCAGGAAAAGGAAAAGGAUCAAGAUUUAGAAAGUUGGCUGGUGGCCAAGGGCUACAAAUUGAACUGGUCCUGAACAUCUUGGCUUUCAGACCCAACAAUAGUCUCAGUGGUUUAUAAAUGGACAAUAUAUACUAGAAUCCUUCACUGGCAGUAAUGCAAUGGAGAACGCACUGAUUGGUGGAGGGCAUCAUUGUUACCUAACCUGCCUAAGAUGGAUCCCCCACCUGUUCUACAUCAGGCAUGACUUUACUCUCAGAGAUAAAAACAAAAAAACUGCGGAUGCUGGAAAUCCAAAACAAAAACAGAAUUA